AUGCUCCGCUCAUUCAAGUCUCGACUGCGAAAACAUCAACCACGAGAUGGGCCUACAUUAACAUCGAAUGCGGAUGAACAGCAUGGACAUGAUUUUGACAAGAAAAAGUACUACAACAAAGAGAAAUUUCCACUUAUACGAGAGGCUGCAGUGUCAAUCUUGAUGUCCAUGCGUCAGUCGCUAUUUUGCUGUUGCGGAAUCUGGAUUACAGUCAUUAUCAUUGCAGCUUUGGUUGUUUCGUAUGGUCAUCAUGUCAUUUGUGUUUUCAACAAGGCAUUCUGUACCCCACUCAGUGAAUAUAUCUAUAGGUUUCCAAUGCUACCGGUACCAAGAGAAUCAAUCUUGAAUCACCCCUCUGACUUCCUGUCUACGCCAAACAAUUGCGCAAGAUUUGAGAAGUACAUGAAGCUUUGCCCCAAAGGCAAGCAGCUGCUUUUCUUGUUCGGGGAAUCAAGAGGUGGAUCAACCUAUGUCUACGAUUCACUCGAUUUUUCGGAAAGCAUCAUGAUGAGGGGAAAAGAGCCUCUAUAUCAUUUCUCAAAUGAAAUCUGCAACAACAAUCCAAUGCUUAGAAAUGCUGAAAAGUGUACCUUUGACAACUGGUUGAAUGCGCUGUACGAGAACUCUAUGUAUAAACACAAGGGAUUCUUUGAAGAUAGCAAGAAUAAAGCAAAGAUUCUGGGCACGAAAAUCAACAUUGAACAGAUUCCAACAGAGUUCUAUCGUGAUCUUGGAGCUUUCUUACACUGUACGAAGGAAACCUCAAUAGUGCUCCAAGUCACGCGGGCGGCAUCCAUAGCAUCCUUCUUGAAUUAUCAGGCUGAAGUUCCAGAACGAAUCAGGUCUAUUGACCUUCAUUUUGGAGGAGAUAAAGUUCCAGCUCCCCUGGGGGAGCCAUUGAAGCUUGAUCCACAUCUAGCUGCUGACUGGGUGCAGCAACGGGACUCGCUAAGUCGCGAGAUCUUCCAACGCUUGGCGUUUGGUUUGUCGAUUAAGUUUACCCACUUUUACUACGAACAGUUGCACGGUGAGUUUGCUGAGAUGCACUGGAGUUCAUUGUUUGCUUUUCUAGGUGUCGUACCAAUUUCGAUCGCUGAAGAACGUAGUCGACGUGUUCAUACCAUGAAGGGAAUACGUACAAGAGAAAAAACACACGGAUCAAUACGUUGUGCCGAUCGAAUAUCCAACUGGAAGGAGGUAAAGGAAGCACUGAAUGGAACUUUAAGUGCACUUGUUUGCGAAACUGCUUCGUAG